UGACGUCACCCGGCGGCCAGGGAAAGGCAGGAGUUGGGAGUGUUGGUUUGGAAGUGUCCGGAGACUGGAGUUACACCGGAGAGAGUUGGAAGGGGGAUCCAGGCAGCCGUGACAGGAGCUCCGGGCAGAGAGACUGGGGUCAGGAUAGCCCUCCAUAGACAGAGAGCGCAGGGAGAGGGAGAAACCCCACUCAAACCAUUACCACACCCUGCAGGGCAACACAGGGAGGGACUGGCACACAUACUGCAGGGCAACACACCAACAGGGACUGGCAUACACACCAACAGGGACUGGCAUACCACCGGCUGCAGACAGGGCACUGCCCAUACACACCAACAGGGACUGCCAACUGGAGGGGCUGCUUAGAUACCUGCCCACAGAUAGUGCCCAGUAGGUAUAGGGAGUGCAGGGGUACCUGGCUGCGUUGCCCAUAGCUGUAGAAUAGUGCCCUGUGGGUGCAGGGUACCAGCCUGCCUGCCGACACCUGCAGGAUAGGGUGCCAGUGGGUACAGGGGUACUUGGCUUCAUUGCUCACAGCUGUAGGAUAGUGUGCCCAGUGGUUAUAGGGGAUACCUGGUUGCCUUGCUCAAAGCUGUAGGAUAGUGCCCAGUGGGUACAGGGGUACCUGGCUGCAUUUCCCACAGCUGUAGGAUAGGGUACCAGUCGGUACAGGGGUUCUUGGCUACUUUAUCCACAAGUAUAUAAUAGGGUGCCACAUGCUGGCACAUACUCAGAUUUUGUGACUGAGCACCAGCUUUCUGCCCGGAACUUUGAAGUGUAAGGCAAGAUUUUAUUACUAUUUUUCUCUGUGGAAUUGAAGAGCACACAAGGAAGCCAUCAUGCCUGUGUUCCACACCAAGACCAUCGAGAGCAUCCUGGAGCCAGUGGCCCAGCAGAUAUCUCACCUGGUCAUCAUGCAUGAAGAAGGGGAAGUGGAUGGCAAGGCCAUACCUGAGCUCACAGCACCUGUGGCAGCAGUGCAGGCGGCAGUCAGCAACCUGGUCCGGGUCGGAAAGGAGACAGUCCAGACCACAGAAGAUCAGGUCAUGAAGCGUGACAUGCCACCUGCAUUUAUCAAAGUAGAAAAUGCGUGUGCAAAACUCGUCCAGGCUGCUCAGAUGUUGCAUGCUGAUCCAUACUCUGUCCCAGCCCGUGAUUAUCUGAUUGAUGGGUCACGAGGGAUACUUUCUGGCACCUCUGAUCUUCUUUUGACCUUUGAUGAAGCCGAGGUGAGGAAAAUUAUACGCGUGUGCAGAGGAAUCCUAGAGUACCUGACCGUGGCAGAGGUUGUGGAGAGCAUGGAGGACCUUGUCACAUACACAAAGAACCUGGGCCCUGGAAUGACCAAGAUGGCAAAGAUGAUUGAUGAGCGUCAACAGGAAUUAACUCACCAGGAACAUCGUGUGAUGCUUGUAAACUCCAUGAACACUGUAAAGGAUCUGCUUCCUGUCCUGAUUUCUGCUAUGAAGAUUUUUGUGACCACCAAGAAUUCCCGGAGUCAGGGGGUUGAAGAAGCACUUAAGAAUCGUAAUUUUACAGUGGAGAAAAUGAGUGCUGAGAUAAAUGAGAUUAUCCGGGUCUUGCAGCUCACUUCCUGGGAUGAAGAUGCAUGGGCGAGCAAGGACACAGAUGCCAUGAAGAGAGCACUAGCCCUCAUUGAUUCAAAAUUGAACCAAGCUAAGGGUUGGCUGCGAGAUCCUAAUGCUCCUCCUGGUGAUACUGGAGAACAAGCGGUGCGACAAAUAUUAGAUGAGGCUGGAAAAGUCGGGGAGCUGUGCGCAGGGAAGGAGAGGAGGGAUAUUUUGGGGACCUGCAGAACUCUUGGACAGAUGACUGAUCAGGUUUCUGAUCUAAGAGCUAGGGGUCAAGGAGCCUCACCUAUGGCCAUGCAGAAAGCACAGCAAGUCUCCCAGGGAUUAGAUGUUCUUACGUCCAAAGUUGAGAAUGCAGCUCGUAAGCUAGAAGCUCUGACAAACGCCAAGCAGGCCAUUGGGAAGAGGAUUGAUGCAGCUCACAGCUGGCUUGCAGAUCCCAAUGGAGGUCCCGAAGGAGAGGAAAAUAUUAGAACCCUCCUUGCUGAGUCCCAGAACAUAGCUGAACUAUGCGAGGAUCCAAAAGACAGAGAGGACAUCCUUCGCUCCCUGGGAGAGAUUGCAGCUCUCAGUGCCAAGCUUUCGGACCUGCGUCGACAGGGCAAAGGAGACUCACCGGAGGCUCGUGCAUUAGCCAAGCAGAUUGCUACAUCGCUGCAGAAUCUGCAGACCAAAGUUAACCGUGCUGUGGCAAACAGUCGCCCAGUGAAGGCAGCCGUGAACAUGGAAGGAAAGGUUGAGCAGGCUCAGCGCUGGAUCGACAACCCUACUGUGGAUGAUAGGGGUGUUGGUCAGGCUGCAAUCCGUGCCAUGGUCGCAGAAGGUCGUCGCCUGGCCAAUUCCAUGAUGGGUCCAUUCCGGCAGGACAUGUUUGCAAAGUGUGACCGUGUUGAGCAACUGGCAGGACAGCUGGCAGAACUAGCUGCACGUGGUGAGGGAGAUACACCACAAGCACGUGCUGUUGCAGCCCAACUCCAGGAAGUCCUGAAGGACCUGAAGGGAAAAAUGCAGGAAGCUAUGACACAAGACGUGUCCGACAUCUUCAGUGAUACCACAACCCCUAUUAAACUUCUGGCGGUAGCUGCAACAUCCCCUCUUGAUGCCCCUAACAGAGAAGAGGUCUUUGUGGAGCGGGCUGCGAACUUUGAGAAUCAUGCAGCCCGACUGGGAGCCACUGCAGACAAGGCCGCUGCUGUGGGUUCAGCAAAUAAAUCCACAGUGGAAGCAAUCCAGGCAACAGUGAAGUCCGCCAGGGAGCUAACACCGCAGGUGGUCUCUGCGGCACGCAUCCUGCUUCGAAAUCCUGGCAACCAGGCAGCCUAUGAACACUUUGAGACUAUGAAAAAUCAGUGGAUUGAUAAUGUUGAAAAGAUGACUGGCUUGGUGGAUGAAGCCAUUGACACAAGAUCUCUGUUGGAUGCUUCUGAAGAGGCCAUCAAGAAAGAUAUUGAUAAGUGUAAGGUUGCCAUGGCAAACAUGCAGCCUCAAAUGCUGGUUGCUGGAGCCACAAGCAUAGCUAGACGGGCCAAUCGUAUUUUGCUGGUGGCCAAGAGGGAGGUGGAAAACUCUGAAGAUCCUAAAUUCCGUGAGUUGGUGAAGAAUGCAUCUGAUGAGCUCAGUAAGACCAUUUCACCCAUGGUGAUGGAAGCCAAAGCCGUGGCUGGGAACAUUUCAAACCCUGCGCUACAGAAAGGAUUCCUAGAUUCAGGAUACAAAAUUUUGACAGCUGUGGCAAAAGUCAGAGAAGCAUUUCAACCCCCAGAGCCCGAAUUUCCCCCACCACCUCCUGACUUGGAGCAACUGCGGCUCACUGAGGAAGCUGCACCCCCGAAGCCCCCACUUCCUGAGGGAGAGGUUCCUCCACCUAGGCCACCACCACCAGAAGAGAAGGAUGAAGAGUUUCCAGAGCUGCAAAUGGAUGAAGCAGUUAAUCAGCCAAUUAUGGUGGCUGCAAAGCAACUUCACGACGAAGCUCGCAAAUGGUCCAGCAAGUCACCUGGAAGCCCUGCUCCUCCUGCUCCGCAGAGUAGAGAAGCCGUUGUGUCUGAGGUAGAGCAGGAGCGUGAGGAAGAGGAGGAGGAGGAGGAGGAGGCGUCAGUGGAAUUCGCCCUCUCCUCUGACAUUGAAGAUGAUUAUGAGCCAGAGCUGCUCUUAGUGCCUGAGGGGCAGCCUGUUAACCAGUCAAUGCUGGCCGCCGCUCAGUCUUUACAUCGAGAAGCUACCAAAUGGUCCAGUAAGGGUAAUGACAUCAUUGCAGCAGCAAAACGUAUGGCUUUACUGAUGGCAGAGAUGUCUAAGUUAGUGAGAGGCGGCAGUGGAAACAAGCGAGCCCUGAUCCAGUGCGCUAAGGACAUCGCCAAGGCCUCCGAUGAAGUGACUCGGCUGGCUAAAGAAGUGGCCAAGCAGUGCACGGACAAGAGAAUCCGAACUAAUUUGCUACAGGUUUGUGAAAGAAUUCCAACCAUAAGUACCCAACUGAAGAUCCUCAGUACUGUCAAAGCCACCAUGCUGGGACGAACCAACAUCAGCGAUGAGGAAUCUGAGCAGGCUACAGAAAUGCUCGUCCAUAAUGCGCAGAACCUCAUGCAGUCUGUGAAAGAGACGGUGAGAGAAGCUGAAGCCGCGUCCAUUAAGAUCCGUACAGAUGCUGGUUUCACUCUUCGUUGGGCCCGAAAAACCCCAUGGUACCAGUAACUCAAACAGGAUCUCCAACUCCUCUCCUUCUGUACAAAGCACACUAAUACCUUCCUUGUACACAAUACAAAAUGUAUCACUGAUGAAGUACAUCACGGCUGCUUUUUAAAUGAGCCACACGGUCAUUAGACAUAUUGGUUUUUCUAUGUUAUAAGUUUGUCUAACAUUAUGUAGGCUCUUCUUUGGGUUGCCUGAACCACCCUUCUUCCUAUUAUUUUUUUGCUUUUAAUGGGCUGCAUUGUCAAUCUCUCAUUCAAAACCAACAGAGUUAAUUCUCAGCUGAGAGAGACUGGCUCACCGUACGUCAGUCGGCAUUACUCAAUCUGACGUUUGUUACCAUUUCAUGCUCAGACACAGCCACUGCACUGCCUCCUUAUUCUGCUGAGCACUGCCUGUUAGUAAUAUAUUAAAGCAGGCUUCACUUUAAAAUAUGAAACACUAAACUUGUUUUUAUGGCAUAGGAUUCCUUAUUUUUGCAUGUUCACCCCCUUCCUCGUUGGAUGAUGUGACUGUGUGGUACAGUACCUUGAUCACACACAUUGCAGAUGACAAAUGUUUUCUCAUCGUAAAUAUUAAUGAAGUGUCCUUUUCAUUAGGAGAGCAAUAAUUUGAAUGUAUUCUGAUGUCCCCAAUUCUACAUUGCAUGUUAAAAUCAUACCUACGUACCUGUAGGCCAUGCCUAGCCUACCUGUCCACACAAGUGGUCUCAGACCACAUCUGGAAACGUUUUAACUAUUAAUUUAAAAAUUGCAGUUGGAUGCUGCUGUUAUAUGAAAGCUUUGUUUUGUUUUUUUCAAAGGAACCCCUUUUGAGAACAAAUUAGUAGUGUUAAUCUAUAUAUUUUUUUUAUUAUUGGGAAAGAUAACCAACUCUAUUGGGCUGUAAAUUGAUCAUAACAAAUACUAACACUACGUGCAACAGCAUUUCUUUGAAACUUAUCUUCAUCCUUUAUAAGCUCAUUAAUGCACUAAACUGCUGGCACCAACUUUUAAAACCUCUUCCGUGACAAAUGGAGAUUUGGGGAAAAUAAGAGCCUAUAAGGUUUGAUCAGUACCAGCUCCUACAUGUCUUCAAGGGUCCAUAUCAGAAGUUUGUAUGUUAUGUUCACUGUAAUGAACUCCUCAUUAAGAAUGUUUUUCCUUAAGUUGCCUUCUACGCUCUAAUCUUCCAGCAAGACAUCUUUUUGAGGUGUCUUUUACCAGCUGACCUAGAGAACUGCAGUGAGUGUGAAGAACAUUUUGAUACCGAUGUUAUGGCCUGAAUUUUAGGAUCAUACAUAUCAUCUUUACCUUGCCACUUGCAUUGUUGUACAGUUCUGGUUUACAAAGUGAAGGCUGGUUAACUUCCAUUAAAAUGCCAUAAUGCCUUUUUAUCCCAUGAAAACUUAUUAGUUAAGCCAAAGACUUGUUUUAUUUUUUUGAUUUGUGCAGAGCCAUCAAAGUGUAAACAGGAAUGGAUAUUGUAUUUGCAAGCCCACUUGCUGCAGAAUAGGUCUAAGUGUAAAGCAGCAUGAGGUUGACACUUUGAUUAAUCAAUUAGCAAGCCUCCCUGCAGCCAGAGGGCAGUGCAAGACCUGCUCUUGGGUAUCUACACACACACACACACAGCAAUGUUACGUUGCAUGGGCUCUGAUUCAGCCUUAUUUUGUUCAGUCAUUAAAAAGAAAUAAAAAUUAUUUGUACAAUA